AUGUCCGUUCCACCGCUCAUCAGAUGUCUUGGAGUGCGAUCGCCAUAUGCCAAGGCUAUCAAUGGGGUCUACGAGUACAUCGGAGCUCAUAACGGCGCCAUGUGCUCAGCUGAGAUGCAACGCAAAAGUGUUUCCAGAUGUGCAGCGGCGACAGAGGUAGAGCUCUGGCAAGUCUGUGGCCGAAAUGAUGCUUUCACAGACCAGCCGAAAAUGCAGUUCUGCCUCGUGGUUCCAUCACCUGAGCUCAUAGUUCAGGCCCCUGCCAUGGAUGGCACAGCGACGACCUGCGGCUUUAGGCGUUCCGGCAUUGUGCAGGGGCGUGUGGCUUUCCGCAGGACGGGUGACUCAGACGAUCCUGGCAUCAUCAGCCUGUGGAUCUUCUGGAUGCCCAAACAGUGUCGAUGGCUUCUCGCCAAUGUGAAGCCUGGAGGCACUGGCGUGCAGAGCGUUGUGGCAAGGAGUUUGCCCGAUGACGGCUCAACUUGGGCGUCUUUAUGGCCCUGGGAGGUCGAGGCAGAGGGAUGGGAGUCCCCGACGGCUGAUACCAUUGGCCUGGAGGAUGCGGAUGCUGUGUGGGUGCCUAACAGAGACAUCCAAGUUCGACUUGCUAGUCCGGGAAUUGUCAUCGGCAGCGCAGAAGACUGGGAAGCACCUCCUGUGAUCAUCUGUGGCUUUUACGAGCCCCGGGGCAUGGCCAAUGGUCGUGUCUACUACGUCAUGGUUCCUGAGGAUAUUUCUCUUGAAACCAGUACUGGUCCCAUGUGCUUGUGGUUUGCAGAGGACCGUGGCCAGUGGGUGGUUACCGCACCGGAAUUGCUUGGCGAUUCCAGUGCUGUGCUUGCGAGAAUCGCGUCCCGUGCGUGGUGGCCUUGGGAGGCACAUUUGGGCAGCAACACCUCAGCUGCAGCUCUAGGUUCGGCUCCUUUUGCAACUAUGCCUCCUUGGCACGGCGGUGCAGCCUUACUCCGCGGGGCGCGGGUCAACUGGGAGGUGGCAACCCCCGAGCAUGAAUUCCGGGAGGCGAGAAACAUGGUUGUCGAGAUGGACUGCCCGUACCAGGCCCAGAUCUGGGCACACCGCGAUGCCGCCCAUGCCUUUGUGGGUGUCUACGAGCGCUGUGGGCUUCUGGCCUCGCGCGCGUACUUCAUACAGACCAGGGCUUCUGCCAAGGAUGCGCAGCGAAGGGCGGGGGCAGAAAGAUUGGACGGCGAGGUGCCUCGCUAUGUCCUGUGGUACGGCGAGGACACAGAACAGUGGGUGAUCACCGAGGAGUUCCGCCUGCUCGACGAGCUUGUGGUGGAUGCGCGCUGCAAAGACAGUGCCUGGAUGCCAUGGCAGGUGUCAACAACAUGGGAGGUGUCAGACGGAGACCGCGGAUUUGUGCAAGACAUUUACGUGAGGGUCGAGGAGAUGAUGUCUGCUGAGAUGACUGAAAGGCCUCUCGGGUAG